AUGCAGCUUUCUUGGAAAGAUAUCCAACCUGUACCUACGUCGAACGACAUGUUGGACAUUAUCCUCAACAGAACUCAAAGGAAGACUCCAACUGUUGUUAGACCAGGCUUCAGAAUUACUCGUAUCAGGCAGUUUUAUAUGAGAAAAGUGAAAUUUACAGCAGAUGGGUUUGCAGAGAAGUUAACAGAUCUUAUUAGUGGCUUUCCGAAUAUCAAUGAUGUUCAUCCUUUCCACAGGGAUUUGAUGGAUACUUUAUAUGAAAAGAAUCACUAUAAGAUUUCCUUAGCGGCUUUAUCGAGAGCAAAAACCUUGAUUGAACAGGUCGCUAGAGAUUACAAUAGGCUUUUGAAGUUCGGCCAAUCUUUGUUUCAAUGUAAACAAUUAAAAAGAGCAGCGUUAGGUAGAAUGGCUACUAUUGUCAAAAAAUUGAAAGACCCGCUUGUAUAUUUGGAACAAGUUAGACAGCAUUUGGGACGUUUACCAAGCAUUGAUCCAAACACUAGGACUUUGUUAAUCUGUGGUUACCCUAACGUAGGGAAAUCUUCUUUCUUGAAGUGUAUCACUAAGGCGGACGUCGAGGUUCAACCGUAUGCCUUUACCACUAAGUCGUUGUAUGUCGGUCACUUCGACUAUAAGUACUUGAGAUUUCAAGCCAUUGAUACUCCUGGUAUUUUGGAUAGACCAACUGAAGAGAUGAACAAUAUUGAGAUGCAAUCAAUUUAUGCUGUUGCUCAUUUGAGGUCAUGUGUAUUAUAUUUUAUGGAUCUUUCAGAACAGUGUGGAUUUACCAUUGAGGCACAGGUAAAGCUCUUCCAUUCAAUAAAGCCGUUAUUCGCAAAUAAGUCUGUUUUGGUUGUAAUGAAUAAAACUGAUAUCAUAAAGGCAGAAGACUUGGAUGAAGAGAGGCAGGAAUUAUUGAAAACCUUGUUGACAGUACCAGGUGUUGAAAUAAUGCAUGCUUCAUGCCAUGAAGAAGAAAACGUUAUGCAAGUCCGUAAUCAUGCGUGCGAGAAGUUAUUAACUGCUAGAAUUGAACAGAAAUUAAAAGGAUCUGCAAGAGUAAAUAAUGCAUUAAAUAAAAUUCAUGUUGCAAAACCCCAAGCAAGGGAUGACAUUGACAGAACACCCUUCAUUCCAGAAGGCGUUGCCGCUUUGAAGAAGUAUGAUCCGAAUGAUCCUAACAAGAGAAAACUUGCUAGAGAUAUUGAGGAAGAAAAUGGUGGUGCUGGUGUCUAUAACAUAAAUUUGAAGGAGAAAUAUAUACUUGAAGAUGCAGAUUGGAAUAAUGAUGUUAUGCCUGAAGUUUUAGAUGGUAGAAAUGUCUACGAUUUCUUAGACCCUGAUAUCGCAGCCAAAUUGCAAGCAUUAGAAGAGGAAGAAGAAAGGUUAGAAGCGGAAGGAUUUUAUGACUCAGAUGAGGAAAUAGAAGAUGAGGAAAUAACAGAGAUAAAAGACAAAGCUCAGUGGAUCAGAAACAAACAGAAGAUGAUGAUUAAUGAUGCAAGAAACAGAAAGGCUCUAAAGAAUAGGGCCGUGAUGCCAAGAGAUCAAGUGAAGAGAUCCUUUAACGAGAUGGAGGAGCAUAUGUCCUCCCUCGGACAUGACACUGCAUCAUUGAAGAAUGCUUCGAGAUCUUCAAAGAAAUCUUCGUCCGAUGACUUAUCCGGAGUAGACAUCAUCAGGAGAAACCAAGGUAUCGAUGCUCGUAAGAGAAAGAAGACAAGAAUGCCCGUAAACCAGUCUGAUCGUCUCAAUGAUGGUGUUGCAGAUGGCGCAUUGAGAUCGCAAGCUGAUAGAUUAGCUAAACUCCAGAGAAGAGAGAGAAACAGAAUGGCCAGGCAAGGAGAAGGUGACCGUCAUUCUACAGCUGCUUUGCCAAAGCACUUAUUUUCCGGUAAGAGAGGUAUUGGCUCUGCUGACCGUCGUUAG